GGCUCUCCUCUCAUUCGCGUUUCAACCUUCUGCACAAACGGAGCGGCGCUCGAAAUCGAGGAUACGAAAGCAAACGCUCCCAGGCACCAACGCACCAUAGCACCCCGCAUAGGAAGUCUUGAAUUUGUGUAUCGCGCCGGCUGAUAAGCUGCUCCGUAAGCAACUUUUAUUUUCGGUGGCCCAAGUGGAGGCAGUGCGGCAGUGCCCGCUUCCAGUGCCAAAACAAUGCUCGUAACUGGCGCGUAAUUAACACACAAAAAGCUAAAAAGAAACCAAAAGCAAGCAGUAAGGCGGAUUUGUUUGCCAAAAGUGUUUCAUGUGCGUGAGAGCAAAACAGUGCCCGCAUGAGACACUGAGUGCGGAAAUGGAAAUGGCCUAGGGCCGCUCCCGAUUCACAAGCAAAUUACACACACCGCCCAUCGGCCACUCGGCGACAGCAGCAACAUGGCAGGUGAAGUGCCAGCAGCAACAUCGCCAGCAGGACGCAACACCAGCAACAUCGACAACAACAACCAGGAGAGCAGUCCCGAUCCCGUCCAGCAGCAGCUGAACUCCAGCGCGGACAGCGGGAUUGCGGUGCUCGAGGCGGAGUCCCCGACCUUGAGGAGGCGCCAGCGACUGCACCAGUGCCAGCGGAUCCUCCAGGUGUUGCAGCGGGACCAGCUCACCCACCAGCAGCUGCGCGAUAGAUUAAGCAAACUAGCCAAUAAGAAGUGGAGGAAGGAGGAGUCCAGCGAGGAUCACGCCUGCAACGUCUGCUGUGCGGACCUGGAUCUGAGCAGUGCCAAAAACUACGUGACAUGUUGCACCUGCGGAAAAUCGGUUUGCCGCGGUUUAAAAUGCGCCGACUGGCGGCCCAAGGACGCCAAGUGGGAGUGCCAGCUAUGCCAAAGCUCCAAGGAGUCGCUCGCCCACACCUCCUCGUGGGUGGCCGAGCAAAUGUCCUUCAACCAGCACAAGUUUGUCUAUCCGAUGAGGGCCAGGAGUGAGGUGUACAUACCGAUUGUGGGCGAUGGCAACGACAGCAGCAUGCAAUUCGAGAGCGUUAGCCAGAUUGGUCAUACCGCCCACAUGGACGAACGGGCCAAGAUCCGCGAAUACGUGGAGGAGAUUGUGGCCGAAAUGCUGGGCGGCAAUUUGGACCACGUCAAAGUGGGUCAGCUGUCCAAAAGUGAGAACUACUUGCAACUCUUUGAUAAAUUCCAUGCGAAGCUGAGUAACCUGCUUAUGAAUGUGGAAAACAGUUUGUGCGCGCGUGCGCUCAGGGGAGAUCUUCCGGCCAUCGUAAAUGGCCAUACCAACAAUAAUAAUAACAACAACAAUGCGGACUCCGAGCUGACCGACCUCUCGCAGACCCGACUACGCAGUCUCAUCGAGACCAUCAUAGCGGAGACCUUGCGGAGCUCCUCCCUGAGCGCCAGCGGAGCCGUCUCGGAGAUCAGCCUGGACACCAGAUCCCACGUCUCCGAGCUGGCCAACGGAAACGGGCUGAAGCGGCGCCAUCGCACCGAGCACUACUUCGAGCCGAAGGUCUACCAGGAUCUGCUGGCCACAGCGGUGCUAAAUAAGAUUGCGGACAAGGAAGGAAAUACAAGGCUGGCGGCGGAGAGCACGCCGGACUUGAGUGGUCGCCACAUUGACGAGAAUUUCAAUGCCGAAGCGCUGAGCACCACGUCCGGAAGCUCCAUUGAACCACGAAGUGAUUGCAGCCUCACCGACCAUGAAAUCGGACUGGAUAAUGGCAAGUCCCAGUCCCUGAAGACGGACUUGGAAAGGGAAUCUGUGCUCAGUGACUAUAUAGCCGCACACAUGGUGCCACUGCCAGACUUUUCAGCAUCCGUCACCGAAUCCGAGGAUGAUAUUGGAUCCAUCUCCUCGGGCAUGAUCGGUGAUGGAAACUGGGAGGACAACUGGCUCUUCAAGAAGAAACGCAGCUCGGCCACUCCGAGCAGCAUUGGCAUGCUAGUGCCGGCACCAAGGGAGAACGUACGUGCCCAGAUUGGGGAUAAGACCACCGACGAGGUGAGCGAUCUGUCGGAGAUGGGCUCGGACAUCGAGGAGAGCUCUCUGGAUUUGCUGCGAUGCAACGAUCUUAACGAUCGCCUCCUGAGCAAGCAUCUUAUUGGCGGCCAAAACACCAAGCUGGUCCUCGACGAGCUCGUGGAUCGCACCAGUCUCACGUCCCACACAUUGCUGGAGGAGAAUGAGCCGGCAUUCACAGAGACCACCAAUGAGUUCGUGGUGUCCCCGAUGGCAGUGCCUUCUGAUAUUAAGGCGCCAUCUCCAACGCCACCUCCUCCACCCAUGAUAUUCCAGGAUGACUUGUUGCACGAGGAGCCAGAGCACACUCCCAUUGCAGCCCACGGCGAAUCCGAGGAGCUGUCCAGCCUCGAUGGCUGCACUGGCUUUAGCACCGUCGAGUACAUCGAUGAGGGGCAGAUGCACGAUACUGUGCCAUCGGUGAUCGAGAUCCUGGCAGCCAUGGCGCUGGGACCCAUGCUAGCUGUUCCGGCAUCUGAACAGCCUGCUGGAAUGACGCCCAGUGAGAUGCACACCCUCAAAGAGCUGAGUGACUUGGCCCUCGCCGAGAUCAACGCUCGCACAGUGGACCUGGUGCACGCUCACUCACUGGACAUCAUUGAAGAGGAGUACACAGAGCCUUCAGAAGCUGGCCCAGAGCAAAACGUCGACUUCGUGCAACAUCCACCGCUCGAAGGGAUUACUUCUACUGAGCAAUUAUCCCCAGGAGACCAGGAGGGCGUUGUUCAAAUGGAUGUGCUACCACCUCCUCCACAAUUAAACCUUAUACCUGAGAUUGAACCGCCGCCGCCGCCAAUAGAACUGCCCCAAGAUAUCAAAUCCACUGCUUCGGAUCCUCAGAAUCCUGCAGAAGCUGUUCCCGAAUUAGCGACAGUAGAAGUUGUUUCGGAGAUGAAUACCGAUGAUAUUACUCCUCUAGAGAACGUGCAGAAUGUGCCAGAACUAACAUCUUCUUCGGAUAUUGUCCCGGAAGUCCAAUCUUACGUGGAAACAAUUAAAGUAGAUCCAACACCAGAAUCUGUUUCAUUGCCUGUGGAAACUGGACCAGAAAUACCAGUGAUUUGUGACGUUCCAGAUCCCGUUGUAAUUGAUUAUUCCGAGCUACACUCAGUGGAUCCACCAGAAGUUAUAAAUUUGGUUUCGCUGGACUUGGAACCGCCAAAGCCUUUGGAAUGCGUUCCUGAAACUGUGCAAACUCAAGAACAUCAGUUGAAUCACGGCCUGGAAACCAACUUCGACACAGGGGAUCCGACAGCAAAUUUACCAGACCCAAUUCCGGAAAUGAUUGCAGACCCCAUAGCAGCGGCACUCCCUGAGCCUAGUCUCAUACCUGUUCCUGUAGACAGUGGAACAGAAGUGGAUAAACUAGGAACUAUUGAAGUUGAUUCACAGAGCACAUCAGUCCCAAUCGAAACCGUUUCAGAACCAAAAAUAGUGGACCCGCAAUUGCCUGUAGACGCUGAUGACCUAACUCAAUCUGCUCCCGUGAACUCACCCGAGCCUCAAAACAUUGCAAUCGAUUCAUCGCUACCUUUAGAAGAAGCGGCACCCGUGCAAUCAACUCCUAUAGAAGGUGCUACAGUGGAUUCGCCACAAUCUGUGGACACGGAACUCCCAGCAGCCGUGGAAAAUUCGGUCUCUGUAGGGAUUCUUAGAGAGAAUGUCGAUGUGAAUGUCUGCGAAACUGUAGAUGUCCCAAUUGAGACAGACUCCAUCGCAGGAACCCAGCCACAAGCUGAAGAAACUGUUGUCCCACCAGCUUCUGUGGAAAUAGAUUCAGAAAAUCAGCCAGUUGCAUUAGAUGUCAAUGCUGCAGAAUCGCAAGCCAUUUCAGAAGAAGGUAUAUUGACAAUUGAAACGAUAAGCCCACCAUUUCCUACUGAAGUUGCCCUACAAGUGAAGUUUGUUGGCGCGGAGACUUCAGUGUCUGAAGGAGUUACAGAAUCUGCCCCAGUUGAACCAUCAAAUCCCGUAGAGCCAGAUAGCUCAUCUGAUUUCCGUGAAUCAGAUCCUCAAACAAAAAUUGCGAAUCUGAUUACACCAUCUUCAGAAAUAGUUCAACUCGAAAAUAACCCGUCAAUUGAACUUCAAGAUGAACUUCAAGAACUUACAGCGUCUCAAUCGAUUCCAGAGUCGGAAUCUUGUGCAGUGGAUCCCCAAGCAGAACAGCCCGUUGCAGUUAAUCCCCUACCGGACAUAGAAGUUGUUUCGGACGUAGUUGCUUUGGAACCCCCAUCGCUUGAGGAAACUGACCCAGAAACACAAGCCAUGGCAAUAGAAAACCCUGAGCCUAUGGAAAUGAUACCAACAAGAUUAGCUGAAGCGGAGUCCAUCGAUACGGAAAACGAAAUUAAUCCGGAAAAUCUUAUUGAGCAGCCAGCCAUGUCAGUAGAACCACAACCGACGGUUCCAAUGGAUGCUACACACGCUAUAGAAAACGUUCAAGAAAUACCGUGCAAUACCUUAGAUUCGGAAGCCACCACUGAAUUACCAAUAGAAUUGGUCGACAUGGGACUCCCAGUAUCUGUAGAAUUCCCUGCACAAUCUGAAUCUGUUGGUGCUGUUUCCCUAUCCGGGUUUGUAUUGGAUACCCAGUCACAAUCACUGGAACAACCAGAGCACGUGGAAAAUGCAGCUCAUAUAGAAAUUGAGGAAAUGGUAUCUCAAGCACAUGUGGAGAUUGUUCCUACUACAACAGAAGAUUUUCUCCAAGCUGAAUCCGUAGUGGAAUCCGUUGAACCUAUCCCAGCAGGAGAUGAAGUGCAACCCAUAGUAUAUGCAACAGCAGCUCUACAGAUAGCACCUAUUCAACAUUCGGAUACUUAUUCUGAGCAAGCGGAAAAAGAUACCGCCGAGCCAGUGGAAGUGGGUUUGGACACACAAAAUGUGGCUGUCCAAAGAACAACGUCUGUUGAAAAAACUCCUACGGCUACGGAUGGAGCAUCAACAGAACUGCCUGUUCCUCCCGAAACGGAUUAUGUAACUGCAUCUCUCGCAGCUGAAGAAAUUGAAGCAAAUGAAGCUAUACAGAUGCAAUCGGUCACUGAUGCCACACUCCCUGAAGAAACUGUAACGGUCGAAGUAAAAGUGCCAGAGCCGGUGGACCUUAUUCAAGAAUCAAUAUCUGCGGAAAAAGGUGAAAAUCCACCAGAGACCCAGUCCGAAUUUCUUGAUGUUGAACAUACACCACAUGAGGAAGUACUAACCGAAUCCUUAGAAAAAGAUUCACAAAAAAGCGCUGAUGCAGUGGAUCUGCAAGAAGAUAGUACGGAAGCCGAAGAAAAUGUGGAUCCUCUACCCACUACGGAAGUGGCCCCAGACAUAAUUGCAUCGAACCCCUCAUCGCAUGUGGAACUUAGCACAGAGAUACCACCAAUCCACGUUCCUUUGGAUAUUGUUCCGGAAGCAGAGUCAACCGUAGAAGAACAACAACCACCUGUGGAAAAACUAGAGUCCAACGUUGUGGACAGCGAUCCUGUAGUUAUUGAUCAGCCAGUUUCUGCAGAAGUUCUUCUCCAAGAUAAAGUUGCAUCAGCACCGCAACAAAUUCCAGAGAACAAAUCCGUCGAGGAGGAUUUACUAAACGUUAGUAUAGGAGCAGAAUCCGUUGCAAUGGAACCUAUUACGACUGCAGAUGGAGUGCCUGAGCAGAAUUCUCGCGCUGUGGAACCAAACCCUUCUACUCCAGCCACCCCAGUCGAAGUAAUAGCUUCUGAACCACUCGAUACCGUAGUUGAACCAGUUGCAGUGGUCCAGUCACCAACUAUAGAAGAUACAAUGCCGCAGGAAACAACACAAUCUGAUGCAUUGGAUUCAACUGGAUCCUUGGAAAUUAUCCAAGCUGAUCCAAAGGAACCAUCUGCUCAUGUAGAAAUCGUUUCCCAAAGCGAAGCUAGCGCUUGGGAUCCAGAAGAAUCAGCAAAAGAUACGACGCCGCUUGAACAGGAUUCAGUGGGUCAGGCAACUCAAGUCUCAGUGACUGAUUCUAUCGCAGUGGAAUCAUCUGUUCCUGUCAAGCGAAGCGAAGAUUCCCUGCCAUAUGUACUACCUGCUGAAGUGAAUCAACCCGCCCCUGAGGAAAUUCCUCUGAAUGAUUCUGUCGCAGUGGAACUAUCUGACCCUGUGGAGCGAGCCCUAGAUUCCUUAGAGAACACGGAUUUUGUGGCAGAGGCAGAAUCUGCAGGUGCAGAUAAUGAAAUCGGUGUGGACCCUGAAAUCAAUCAACUGGAAAAAGAAACUUCAGAGUUGAACUUUACUGCGUUAACGGUGGAAGAAUCGACGAGCAUCGAUGGGAAACCAUCAGUAGUUUUGGAGCCCUUAGAAACGAUUUGCCAAGCGGAAUCUACCAAUCUGGAUCGUGCAUUACCAGAAAUUCUUGUUGCUCAAGAUCAAUCAGUUCCUAAAUCGUUACCAACCAAUGUAACCAUACAAACACAACCUUCGGACUUGGAGACCCAACCGUCUACGAAACCUAUGCUAGAAACUGAAAAUGUGGAUGUAGUUGAGGUGAACCCAGUUGCCGUGGAUACUUCAGCGGUGGAGAGCUCGCUGGAAACUGAAAAAAGGGUUUUGAAAGCAGAGAGCAGCGAUGGAGAACCUUUAGCAGCUGCUGAGUCUGUCGCUUUGGAACCACCUAUUCCCGUAGCUGAAUAUACCAGUGUGGAUUCCGCUAACUCUGUUCCUCAACUGGAAUCAGUUCCUUUGUCGGUACCAGCCGCGUUGAGGAUUCAAAAUGAAUCAGAGGAUUUUGACCCGGAAGCUCUUGAGAACCCUCUUCCAGAACCAGUUUCAUGCACUGAGGAUUUACUAGAACCUGCACAAGUUCUUCUACAAGAAGAUCCUGUUGAUAUGGAAGACCGAUCGGGCAUGCUGACUGAACCCUCUUCUGUGGAAAUCGUUCCGGAAUCUGCAGAUAAAAACGCCAUAGCUUCUUUGGAAACUAAUUCGAAACCAGAAACGGAAGCCCCAUCACCUAUGGAUGCUGAAAGUACUCCAGAUGUGCAAGUCGUAGCUUCGGAAGCUCAAGAGCUUGUGCCUGCCGCACCAGUAAUGCCAUUGGAAUUUGUUCCAGAAAUAGAAACCUCUGAUCUCACAGAGGAAACCAAGAAUGAGACGGCAGAAAUUGUUUCAGAGCCACGUAGUGCUGAAGUUGCUAGGGGCACACCACCAAUCCCAGUGGAAUGUAUUCAAGAAGAACAACCUCUAUCAUUAGGAAAUAAUGAUCCGGUGGAUAAAGAUAUUACAUCCGCACCUGUUGAAGCUCCUUCCGAUACAGCAUCUACAGAGAGCAACGCUAAUGAAGAAGCGCAAUGCGGUGAAGAUAAUUUAAAGAAGGAUGAUGUAGUAUUAAAAUCAGUAACUGCGAAUUCGGACUUAUCAAGCGAUGCCCAGCUAGCCAGUAUAGACCAGGAAUCACAGGAAAUCGCAGCGGAUCCUGCAACAGAAGGUUCCAUUGCGGAGCGCGAGGUGAAGAAGUGGUACAACGCCGUCGAGAUGCCCAAUAAUCCCUACUCCCCGGAGGCCCUGAAGCAACGCAUCAGUGGCACCCAGGAGCGCUACAUGGAUGUGCCCAACAUCAGUCCGAGUGCUGAGCAAAAAGCACUUGCAUCCGCGCUGACGGAAAAUCCGGAUCCGCCAGCGGAUCCGCCGAAAACGGAUUACAAGCGCUAUAGCCGCGACUACUACAUUAACAAUGCUCCCACGGCCACCGACAGCACGGGGAGUGGAAACGCCGCUACGACCAGCGCACCCGAGGAUGUGGAGGACAUCGUGAUCAACGAGGCUCAAAAGGCAAGCAAACCUGCCACUGAGCAGGAUCCGCCGCAGGAAUCGGUGUACAAAGCCACGCCCGUCCAAGUCCUGGAUGAGUCCCUGGAUUCGCAAUCGAAUCCCUCGCUGUACUCCCUGCAAACCACGACCACAAACACAAGCGAUGAAUCCGAUACGGUUCGCAUUUACGACUUUAACAAGCAGGAAACAACGGUCAUCAGGGCUGCUCCAGCAGAGCAGCAGCCUAGCGACUCCACCACUUCAUCCAUGGAGUCCGCCCAGUGUGCUUUACCUUCGGUAUCUUCAUCUAUUGACUCGUCAGUGUCCAAUAAGCGGGAGCGUCCUGUGGUUCUUCAGUUCGGUCCUGGCGAUUCGGUGCCCACAAUAGGAUCACCUGCUAGUACACCCACGCGGGGAUCCACUCCUCCUGCUUUUAGAUUUUUGCAGCCUAAGCGGCGCCUCAUCGAUCCCAGUCAGGUGCUAUCCGUCGACGAAGAUGAUGUGCCGGAAACAACAACUCCCGCGGCUGAGAAGCCCGUCAUCGAAGAUGAGGUGGCCCAUUCCAUGCCAUCUGUUAAGGCUCUGGCGCAGGCGUUCCUCCUGACCAGCAAGCACACACAACCCCAACGAAGAUGGCGGGCCAAGGUUAGAAUAGCAGCCCCGCCAGACACACCAGAUAAGCCAAACACGUCUCUGGCCAAGCGGCACAAACUGGAGCACGCUGUCUCCAUGGCAGAAGUAGCCGAUGAGUCUACGAUCGCCUCAGACUUGUCAUCACUCGAAACGGAUCCUUCCAUACAUUCCGAGGCCAAUCCACCUGUGGCCUCUCCGGCGAGUCCUGUGCCCGUUCGCCACGGCUUUCUCCGGAGCAAUAUUGCUUUCUUUGAGAAUUUAAAGUUCAAGUGAAUAUACGAAUGCAGUUUUGUUGGUGUGCGACCAUUGGUUGAUCUUCCCGGAGGGGAAAAUGCACGACAAUGGCAAAGCACCCAGCCCAUGAUCCAAACCAAAUCCCCGCCAAAUAUCAUGUGCCAUGGCCUCCAUUUCCCAGUCGAAACAUCACGGAAACAAAGUACUUAACUUCAAUUGGCCCUUAGCAUGCGCCAUUGUUAAUUGUAGUUCGUAUAUACUAUUACAUAAUUCUUUUAUCCAUGGAUACUAUUUAUUUAGCUCUAAGAUAUGUAUUAUGUACUUUUUAGGCGUAAGAUAAACUAUUCCCAACUUCAGCUGAAUAAUGUUUCACUUUACCCGUACUAGUUUAAAUGUUACAUACUUGUAAUCAAUUAAACAUAUAUAAAAGCAAAAA